AUGUAUCAACAGCAGGCUGACGACUGGAAAAGGGAACAUCUCGACGAGUGGGUCGGCAGAUCCAUCUCCGCAAAUAUGGAAUAUUAUAGCACCCACUCCGACCUGCCCAGACACGAACUUAUUACCUUCGUUCCCUUCCUUGACGGAGAUAACUUCAGACACGGAGGAUGCGAUGACUACGGAGUGGAGGAGUCGUCGCUCGAUGGAGCUACGUUGAAAUACAGUCGAUAUGGAGACGAGACUUUGAUGGAUGUUUACUUCCGCCCGACCGAAGAGAAAGAGCCUGGGAAUUCACCCGAUGGAUCAUGGGAUUGGAAUUUGUCACCAUG